AUGGCUCGUACUAAGCAAACUGCAAGGAAAUCAACCGGAGGAAAGGCUCCUAGGAAGCAGCUGGCAACCAAAGCCGCAAGGAAGUCGGCUCCGGCAACUGGAGGAGUGAAGAAGCCCCAUAGGUUCAGGCCCGGAACCGUCGCUCUCAGGGAAAUCAGGAAGUACCAGAAGAGUACUGAAUUGUUGAUCAGGAAGCUUCCAUUUCAGAGACUAGUGAGGGAAAUCGCUCAGGAUUUCAAAACAGAUCUCCGUUUCCAGAGCUCCGCCGUCGCGGCUCUCCAGGAGGCGGCAGAAGCUUACUUGGUUGGACUCUUCGAAGACACUAACCUUUGUGCGAUUCAUGCCAAGAGAGUCACUAUCAUGCCUAAGGAUAUUCAGCUCGCUCGUAGGAUUCGUGGUGAAAGAGCUUAG